AUGCCGCUGUUGCUGCGCUGUGCCGUCGUCAUCUCAGCGUUAGCUGCGGUGGCGUGCGAGGCCAGUUGCCCAGACAGUGCUUCGCCUGUAGCUGGCGGAGGCAGCAACACGUGCAAGUGCCAGCCUGGCACGUCGUGUACCAGCGACUCCAACUCCGCUGCAUGCACGCACGACCUGGACGGCUUUGACACCUUCGCCUCCACUCAGUGUUCAGACUGCAAAUGCAUCCCAGAUGCUUUGGUGCAUGAGGUGGUCACACCUACCAUUGGAACAACGUGUUACCUGGGGGGCCCGUGUCCUGUGACAUGGAUCGCAAACGUCCAAGUGGAGGCGGUGGAUGUGCAUUUGCUGCGCGUGACCACGAGUGGUGGCACGUCUCGCCCCAAAUUGGAACGCACCAUCGCCUCUUCCGUUGCCAACAACGGCUCCUUUCCAUGGCGUGUGCCCUCAGAUCUCUCUCCUGAUACCAUGUACAAGGUUGCUGUGGUGGCCACGAACAACCUCGUUGCGUCCGCGCAGACGCCCACUUUCACCAUCGCCGCCGUUCCAACGGGCUCGUGCCCGGCUGGAUACGUGUCCACGACGGGCAGCUACCCAGGCUGCGCUCCAUGCUCGCAAGGAACAUACGCAAGCAGCGAUCACAUGACGUGCUCUGCCUGUCCAAGUGGAACCACCACGCCCAGCGUUGGAGCAGCUGCUGCCACCGAUUGUUCUCUUGACAAUGAUUCGCCGCUGGCGUCGUUUGUGAAAUAUCCAAUGCAUGAAAUUGAGGAGCAGGACAUUCAUCAACUGCGUGGCGUGACGCUGGAGCGGUGUGCACGCCUGUGCAUCGUUGAUGUCACCUGUAAAUCCUUCGACUUUACAGCUGCCGGGACAACGGGCACGUGCUCGCUUGCUGCGGACACGCGUGGCACUUCCCUCACGCACACGUUUGUGCCCACAGAUGACGCAACCACCGCCCACUACGAACGCACAGACAAAUACGGGCAGCUGAUACUGGCCCAGACUGCGUUCGUUGAAUCGCCCGAUACGCACAUCCAGACAACCACGGCCGCCACCACCGUCUCUGCGCGCGUGUCUGUGGAGGCGUGUGCUGUGCUGUGUAUUCAUUCCGCGACAUGCAAGGCGUUUGCUGCUGGAAACGCAGCGCGAAGGGGAGAGUGUUUCCUCUACACCGUCAACUCGUCAGAUGUCUCUGCUUCGCAAGUGAUUAUGCACCCUGCGCACCAGCUUGAUUUGUACGAGCAAGACCUCUCGUCCCCCGCGUGCACCGCUGGCACCGUCUCGCCAUCCGCCCGCGAAGAAUGCACACCGUGUGCACGUGGAACAUUCAGCACACAGUUCCCACGCUACUCCUGCAACCUCUGCCCCUCGGGCACAUUCACGUCUACCACGGGCGCAGCGACAAAGGACAAGUGCAAGCCGCUCACGUGCCCAGCCGCCAGCAGGGGCCCAGACGACAAAAAUGAUUGCGUGUGUUUGAGUGGCAGCACAUGUGAAGGUGAUGAGUGCAAGACAGACAGCAGCACGGGCACCACGUACUUUGCCGCAACAUGCACCUCCUGCACAUGCAAAGAAGCGAAACAGCCGCCCUCGAUUGAUGCUGUGCUGUCUCCCGCACCCAACGCCCGCCUCUACUACGGAACGCGUGCCAACAUCACUUGGGCCGCCUCAAACGGCGUGAGCAAUGUGAACAUCCGUCUGUAUCAGGAGUAUGCGCUUUUCCCCGGCUACCUUGGUCUUGUUGCCACCAUCGUCAACCCUCACCCCAACACGGGCGUGUAUACUUGGACAGUGCCGUCGAACCUGGCUGCAGCAAGCAACUACUACGUUGUCAUCUUUCACAACGCCAAGGACGACGAUGCAAGCGCGCCGACGUACCGCUACACAGGGCCCUUCUUCAUUGGGCCCGCCCCCACCGGUCCGUGUCCUUCUGGCGAACACAACCCCGUGACGGGCGAGAACCCGUGCACGCUCUGCCCGAUCGGCACAUACUGGGUGGACGCCCACACGUGCAGCAAGUGCCCCAACGGGACGACGACGGCAAACAACGGCGCGCAAAGCGUUGCAGAUUGCUCCGUAUCCGCCAAUGAUGCGCUUGCGGCAUUCACAAAACUCAGCAACAUGUACAUCAAGGAGAGCAACCAAGGUGGCGAGUUUCUUGAAGACGCGGAUCACAUGACAGUGGAGGAGUGCGCUCGCAGGUGUCUCGACGACGCUGGCUGCAAGUCGUUCGACGCAGGGGCUGUGAGCGACUUCCAAGAGGGCGACUGCUUUCUGUCGUACGACAAUCCCGACACUGCUGCGCCGUCGCGCGUUCGCUCCAUUUCGCAGCUCGACCUCUACGUCCGCAGAGACGCACGCCCCGUCCUUGACCGCCGCUUCACCAAGGUAGCCAACGCCUAUCUUCGCGACCACGACGAUGGUGGACUCUUCUUCCAGGAAAACUCGCCAGAGGCGUGUGCGCAGCUGUGCCUGAAUGACGUGUGUUGCAAGAGCUUUGACGCCGGCCAGCUGGGCACGACCAAGGAGUACGACUGCUAUCUCUCCUACGACAACAGACAGUCUGCCCCAGGUGCCUUUGUCACCGACGCUUCACAGCACCUCGACUACUACGAAAAGAAGAUCGAUCUCCAACUUCGGUUUGAUGCUCUUUACGACGACCUCAUCACCAGCGACAACUAUAAGCGGUCGUUUGAGUCGCAGGUUGCACUGGCCAUCACGAAUCUCAACAGCGUUGACGAUGAUGCCGCUGUUGCCGUGUCAAUUUCAUCCACAUCCACGGCCGAGACAGAUGCCGGAGGAAAGAGUGGUUACAUCACUGCUGACGUCAUGUUUCUGGAUGACGCCAUCAAGGACGCCACCGUGAAGGAAAUUGAGGACAAGACGCUGCAGGUCCAGUUCCCUCCACUCUUUGGGGACGUGUACACGGCACGGUUUGGCAAACACGACGGCCCGUGUGCCGACGGAACGAUUUCCGCAUCGGGGGAUCGUGUUGACGAGUGCACCACGUGUCGCGCAGGCACAUACACGAACCUUGCGCAAACCAUCUGUCUGCACUGCCCGGAUGGAACAACAUCCACGCCCGGCUCAACAAACGCAAAGCAGUGCACACCAGUCGACGCUGGCGAUGCGUCGUCGGGCCUGUUUGCUGUUGGCGACGAGUGGGUUGGCCACUUCUCUGCAUCGUGCAAGACCUCUUCAGGCGGCACCACCCCCUGCACAGGGCGCGUCUCCUUUGAGGUGGUGUCUGCGAGCGGCAGCAGCGUGCGCCUGUAUGCGACGUUCACGCACGGCCAGUACUGCAACGAGGCUGCGGGCUGCCGGGAAGAAUCGGCUGGUGUUUCCGAGUUUUAUUACACCGCGCACGUGUCGUCCAAUCAUUUCUCUGCGACGUUUGUGCCCGGUACCGGCGGUUGGGGCGGCAUCACAGACCGCACAUUUGUGCGUGAGAACAUUGACGCAACACUUCAGCACACCGACGACCAGCACAUCGAGAUGACUGGGUCAUACGGCGAUGGAGGCAGUGUGCGACUGCAGAAACAGUGCUCGGCAGAGUACGAACCCACAACCUUCAACACGGGGGACGCGUGGCUGGGCACCUACCACUGCACCCCGCGCACCGUCGGUGACAUGAAGGCAGCGGAAGGGGUGGAGGAUGUGCGACGCAUGGAGCUGUUGAUUGAGAGCGUCGAUCCAUCGACGGGCGCCAUCACUGCCAUCGUGGACUUUGACCACUAUGCCGGCAUUGGGCAGUACAAGACCACGGCGACGUUUGACAGCGAGACGACGUGCUUUGCUGUCGAGUUCACGCCAACCAAGGAUGCCUGGAUCACUAUGCACCCCCUCGACGUGCACGCCCACCAGCUGACCGGCAAGCUAAGCGACAGCGGCGAGCUCUUCUCUGGGCAGCUCAACGAAAACCCAAACUGCGCGUGCAACGGCCAGGUGUCGGAUGAGCUGAGCCAGCGUGGCGGCAGCUGCGAUGCGUGGGAUGGCGAUGGCAACAAGUGGUGUUACGUUGACGCCACGUGCCCCUCAGCCACCGUGGACAGCGACUUCCCAGCCCUGCACCGCGCGCCCUGUGGCCUGUUCCCAGACUGCACGGACUUCUACCUCACCCGCAUCUGUGCCGUGGAGCAGCCCGCGUGCGAGCACGGGUUCACACGCAUUAACAACCGCUGCUACAAGGUGGCGACCACGGCAUCGACUGCCGGCAGUUCUCCGAUCACCACGUCCUUUGCAGGCGCUGUGGACGCGUGCAGCACACUGUCGGAUGAGCUGAGCCAGCGUGGCGGCAGCUGCGAUGCGUGGGAUGGCGAUGGCAACAAGUGGUGUUACGUUGACGCCACGUGCCCCUCAGCCACCGUGGACAGCGACUUCCCAGCCCUGCACCGCGCGCCCUGUGGCCUGUUCCCAGACUGUACGGACUUCUACCUCACCCGCAUCUGUGCCGUGGAGCAACCCGCGUGCGAGCACGGGUUCACACGCAUCAACAACCGCUGCUACAAGGUGGCGACCACGGCAUCGACUGCCGGCAAUUCUCCGAUCACCACAUCCUUUGCAGGCGCUGUGGACGCGUGCAGCGUGGACAAUGCGACCGUUGUUAGCCUGCACUCUCUGCCCGAGACGGAGAACGUGGUGCAGUUGCUGCGAGACGCCGGCGUGACCAGCGCCUGGAUCGGCCUGCGCACCACAGAAAAUGGGGAUGUGGCGGGCGGUGUUGACUACAUGUGGGUGGAUGGCACCCCGUUUGGUGACGUGAACAGCUUGGGUACGUUUGCCAACUGGGCAGAUGGCCAGCCCACCGCGCAGGGUGGCAAGGACGGCUGUGCGUAUCUCGACCUGACCAAGAACGCUGCAACAGCAAGCAACAGCACGGGUGAUGACAAGCGUGCUGCUGGCCUUUGGUAUGAUGACGGGGUGUGCACCGCCCAGCGCGCAGUCGUCUGCAAGAAGCUGUCACCGAUUGUCACGCCAUCGUGCGCCUGCACGGGCCAGACCAACAGCGACGGUGAUGGUGGCGCAUGUGGCACCUGGUGCUAUGUGUCACAGUACUGCCCACGCGCCGUUGAGGACCAGGGCAACGAAGGCCUCUUCUGGGCGAUUUGCCCGCGGCACUUCCAGACAUCAACGACCACAGCCAUGCCUGCAAGCAGCACGGCGCCACCCGAGUCCACGACAGGCGGCACCACCACAACAGCGGCACCAACGUGCCAUGAGAUGGACCCUUCCACGUACACGCGGGACGAUGGCACGUGUGCGCAGUGCACGACCACGGACGACUGUGACACCAACCAGGUUCUGCUUGGCGAGUGUGGCAUGUUCACCACGCCCGUGUGCGUUGCCUGUGACAGCACGUGUGCCGCGUGCUCUGCCCUGGGUGCAGACAAGUGCACAAGCUGUGCUGAUGGGUACGUGUGGUCGCUGGAUGGCAAGCGCUGCGUGUCUUCGUGCCCGCUCGGGCAGUUUGCAGACACCUCAGCAGGGCAGUGCAAAAUGUGCCACGACACCUGCGCGACGUGCGAUGGAACAGCAGAUAACGCGUGCCUCUCCUGUGCGCCAGCAUCGAACCUCUUCCUGCAGCCCAACGACAACAGCGGCGGCGGUGGUGGUGACAUGUCCCCGGCGCGUGGUGUGUGCGUCGCCGAGUGCAACCGUGGGUUCUUUGCGAACCAGAGUCGCAGCGAGGACGAGUAUGAAACAGCAGCGCCCACGCCAACAAGCAACCGCGUGUGUCGGAUGCUCACGCCGUGCAAGGCUGGUGAAUAUGAGCUGAAGGCUCCAACAACAACCACAGAUCGAAAAUGCACGCAGUGUGCAGCCGGCACGACAGACCUUGAUCCAAACAGCAUCAACGCGUGCACGACCUGUGAUGCUGGCACGUACACGCCGCCUGGCCACGUUGGCCCCUGUCCCAAGUGCCCUGCCGGCACUGCGGACGAUGACAGCGACCCUUCCACACCGUGUGCGGCGUGCAUGCUCGGCCAAACCUAUGCAGCAGCAGAGGGCAGCCUGUCGUGCUCUCGCGUGGACAUGUGCGCACCGGGCGAGGAGGAGGCGCUUCGCCCCACCACCACCCGCAACCGCGUGUGCGUCGCAUGCACGAUGGGGACGUUCAACGCCAUUGGUGGCAACGGCACGCGCUGUGUCCCGUGGACCACAUGUGGUGCGGGCAUGCAACCGAGCAACGACGCCCCACCAAGCGCCUCACAGGACCGCAUGUGCGUGCCGUGUGCAACUGACGAGGACACGGGCGCAGCGCUUGCGUUCAAGCCCACGGAGGGCAACUUUGCCUGUUCGCGGGUGAAGCUGUGUGCGCCCGGCACGCAGGAGAUGCAGAGGCCGACAGCCACAUCUGAUCGCGUGUGCGGCCGCUGCCCGCUCGGCACGUUCUCACCGGGCAUCAACACGGCGUGUCGAAAGUGGAAGACGUGCGAUGCUGACGCGUUUAUUGCUGCGCGCGGCAACGCAACACACGACAACACGUGCCAGGCGGCCACGGUGUGCGAUGCAGAGAUGGAGUGGGAGCAGGAGUCCCUUGGCCAGUACGCUGAUCGCGUGUGCGCGCCACUUACGCAGUGCAAGUACGACGAUGCAACCGCGCCCGAGUUUGAACAGAUGCCACCAACCAAAGUGAACGGCGUGUAUGUGAGCGAUCGGGAGUGCGCCGCCUGUCGCCUCUCUUGUCCAGACAACCAGACGCCCACCCGCGAGUGCACGCGCACAUCAGACACACGCUGUGCCAACUGUACCGAGUGCCUGCCACACCAGUACGUGGUGAUGGAAUGCACGACUGAGGACGACACCAAGUGUGGCAACUGCACAGUGUGUGGGGACGGGCAGUACCAGAAGACGCCAUGCAGCCACACCCUUGAUACGGUGUGCGAUGACAUUCACGACUGCCCGUCUGGGUCCUACCAAGUCCACCCGCCCACGCCUGUGUCCGACAGAGUGUGCGCUGGCCUGACCACUUGCGGGGAAUAUGAGGUCGUGGCGAUGGAGCCCACGCCGACAUCAGACCGAGUGUGCGAGUCGUGCGAUGGCACGAGCGAGUACUUCAAGGAAGGCGAGUGCGUUGCGGUGACCGAGUGCCCGCCUGGUAUGAUCACGCUCGCUGAUCCAACACCCUCGACGGACCGCACGUGCACGCGCUGCCCCAACAAGCACUUCAAGGCCACAGCAGGGCAGGAGGAGUGCCAGCCGUGGACGGACUGUGUUGUUGGCGAGGUGGUGACAACCGCGCCAACAGCAACCUCCGACCGCGUGUGCCAGCUGUGUGACCCCACAUACAAUCAGUAUUCCAGCAACCCGACCGCCACGCAGUGCGAAAACGCAACGGUGUGCGAGCCUGGCACAUAUGUCGACGUCCCUCUCACAUCGACACGCGACCGCAAGUGUAAGCCGUGUCCGUCUGGCACCUUCAGCAACGAGGCCAACAUGGCAUCGUGCACACCCGUGCAGCCGUGUUCCGUUGGCUCUGGACUUGUGACGGCAGCCACACCCUCCACUGAUCGCGUCUGUGCACCGUGCUCGCCACCGCACACGUUCUCCUCCACGCCAACACUGGAAGCGUGCGCGCCCGUGAGUGACUGUGCGCCCGGCUAUGAAGAGGACACACCACCCACGCUCACCACCGACCGAACAUGCACCCCAUGCGAGGCCACGGUGACGUUCAAGGCGGAGAGCGGACAGGCAGCGUGCCAGAGCGUGAGUGCGUGCCCUGCUGGCCAGGAGGAGGACAUUCCGCCAACAACAUCCAGCGAUCGUGUGUGCAAACCGUGCGGUGAUGGCACCUUCAAAGCAGGGGAAGCAGGCAUGUGUCAGCCGCACCGAGGGGUGUGUCAGCCUGGCACGCACGAGGUGACAUCGCCAACCACCAGCACGGACCGCAGCUGUGAAUCCUGUCUGGUUGAGAACAGCGAGUACCAGGACGAGCAAGACAAGAGCACGUGCAAAGUACUGACAACGUGUCGUCCCGGGUCGUACGUGAGCGUGAUGCCGCUGCCAGCGCAGAACCGCGAGUGCACGGCCUGUCCCGCUGGUUCCUAUUCCGACACCGAGAACGCAGCACAGUGCACACCAUGUGGCGAGGGCGAAUAUCAGGACGCGCGCUCGAGUGUCAAGUGCCAGCCCGCGCGCGUGUGCGGCGUUGGCGAGUUUGUGUCUGCUCCCGCCACUUCUUCAUCGGACACGCAAUGCGGUCGCUGCGACGGCACCACGGAGUUCCAAAACGAACCGGACCAAACCUCGUGCAAGCCCGUGCGCGUGUGCGGUUCGCUGGAGGAGCAAGUUGUGCCACCGACAGCUGUGAGCGACCGCGUGUGCCAGUGCAAGCUCGGCGUCGGUUACGUAGACAACGGCGCCACCGCUUGCACGCCCGUCUCCGUGUGCCAGUCUGGCCACGUGGAAUUUCUCCCCGCCACGCGCACGUCUGAUCGCGUGUGCGUGAUGCGGGGCAGUGCGGGCUCGCUCCAAGUGCAGUUUCGCGCCGACUUUUCCAUCCUGCAAAACGCGGAGGAAGAGGCGACGUUCCUUCAGCUGCUGUUCUCCGCAUUGCGCAACACCACCCUCAGCGCACGUGGCGGGGUGCCUGCAGGCAGUGACGACGUGUACUUCAAGGGCGUGCUGUCGGCAGGCAGCAUCCUGGCCGAUGUGGGCGUGUCCAACGGCAGCCUGGUGCCCAUGCUCCAAGGCGCUGUUGAGAGCGGUCAUGUGGCGUUCUGGUGGCGCGCAAAGCAGCAGCGCUUUGUUGCUGUGCUGGCGGGGCCCUGUCCACCAGGUUACAUCUCGCCCUCGGGCUCACGGCCAAACUGCACCGCGUGCCCCGCCAACACACACGCAAAUGACGCGGCCACGGUGUGCACGCCGUGUCCUGAUGGCUGGACAUCACCCGAGGGCAGCGCUGACGCAAACGACUGCCAGCCGCCUGUGACGGUGUCUCCCACGCCAACAACUACCCCGCAAGGUGGCACGCGCUCCCCAGAGAAGUCCAGCAACACUGCCGCUGGCAACACGGGUCUCAUUGUCGGCAUCGUCGUUGGGGCGCUAGUGCUUGGUGCGUGUGUUGUUGUGGCAGCCCUCAUUCUCCGCCGUCGCCGUGCACAUGUCCUGCAACCUCCCCGCAAGUCCCGAGAUGGCCAGCAAAGCGCAUUCCACAACCCGCUGUACGAGGACCCAACGUCGCUAACGCGUGGUGGAGAUGCCGACACUGGCUACGACAACGUGCCUGGCUUUGGCGAGGGAGACGGUGGCUACGACCAUGUCCCCGACAUUGGGCCUGCGCUGUCCAACCCAACAUAUGACACGGCGCUGUUUGCCAGCGCUGAUCCGCCAUACGACACGCUCGACGCCGCCCUCGACGAGGACGACGACAUGCAGCACGUGCACGGCUACCUCGACGUUGUCGGGUUGCAAGACCAGCCACAACAUGACGACCAUGAUGGUGAUUACAAGCUCGACUUGAAUGAGAGCGAUGUGGACGCCUGAUUUGGCGUGCGAUUGUGUGCGUGUGUGAAUAUGUGUGGAAUGUGUGCGUGUGUGAAUAUGUGUGUGUGCGUGUGUGUGUGUGACUGCUGGCUCUGGCACCGGUUCUUUCUGUGGUUGCUUUUCCCCCGUGUCGUUUGUUGCGAUGUUUGCGUGUGGUGCGUUGUUCUGAUCUCUCCCCCCCCCCUGCUCCACAUCUGUUCAGUGGGUUACACCGGUUUGCGCUCAGAGUGCGCCCCCCCUUUGUUUCUCCGCGCGUGUGUUUGUGUUGUCUUUCUUUCUGUUUCUCAUGCAUGUGCGAUUGAUGCAGUCUGGGUUUGUUUCGCCGCUUCUCUCUCAUAGUUGAUGCUAUGCGCACGUUCUCCCUUACUUCUUUUCUUCUACCUGACUUGAUCUAACCCUGAGAGCCUUGAGAGCCCUGAGCGACUUGCUUUCUUUUUUUCUGAAGUCUGUCACAUGCCCUCCUAACCGCCCGAGCACGUGUUGUUCUUUCUUUCAAUCCAAUGGCGUGCCAAGCAAGCACAACACCGUCCGUCGUCUUGCUCAAGCACCGUCAUCGUUGUCUCGUUCCUUCAAACGCGGCAUGUGAUGUGACGUUGUUGCACUCAUCUCGUUAUUGUUACACCCCUUCCAUCGUUCACCGCUGUUCAUCCAGCCAACCCACAAACAACCACAAACAACCACAAUCUCGCAUUCUUCCUGACGCGAGAGAAUGAGAGUGAAGGCGGGGGAAGG